AUACUCUUAUUUUGAAAGAAAUAGUCCGGAUGUUCCUCUGUGUGGUGAAGCAUUGAUGCUUUGCAGCUCAUCCAGGACAAAAGUCCACCAUGGCUGAGACCCACAGCUUACAGGACCUCCAGCAGCCUACUGUCUCUUCCAAAGUGUUUGUCCAAAGAGACUACAGCUCAGGAACCAUCUGCAAGUUCCAGACAAAGUUCCCCUCUGAGCUUGAGUCAAGGCUUGACAAGCAGCAGUUUGAAGAAACCAUCCAGACUCUAAACAACCUGUAUGCAGAGGCAGAGAAACUAGGGGGAAAGUCAUACUUGGAGGGAUGCCUUGCUUGUCUAACUGCCUAUACAAUCUUUCUCUGUAUCGAGACACACUAUGAAAAGGUGUUGAAGAAGAUCGCCAGAUACAUUAAGGACCAAAAUGAGAAGAUCUACGCUCCCAGAGGUUUGCUGUUGACUGACCCCAUCGAGAGAGGCCUGAGAGUUGUUGAAAUUACCAUCUUUGAAGACAGAAGUAUUGGCUCCGGAAGAUAAAGUAAUUUAAGGCUUCUGACUUUGAACUGAUCCUCCACAUCUGUGUGGCAGCACAUAUUUAGACAUCUGCUUCACCCGAAUGGAUGUAUAUAAUUUUGAUCUGAUCUUUUUCUCUGUUAUUUAUAAAUACUCAACUGUCUGCCUUUCCGUUAUGUUUAUAAAAGUGUCUUUAUGUCUUUUUACAAAUGCAGUGCUGUAAAAUUAUGUCCUAGUUUAUCAAGACUUUAUAAAUAGUGCCAUUGUGUUAAAUGCAUCUUUCUGACCAUGGUUAAUAUAAGUGAUUGGACUUGUGUAUUGUUUUGCAAAUAAUAUAAAGUUGCUGUAGUUGCCAGGAAAUGUUGGUGAAAUAUGUAGGGAUCGAGUUUUCAGCACAGUCUCUCAAUGAUGAUUAUUUUCCGGGCAGUGCUCCAAAGUAUUAACAUCCAGGUUGUAGCCUACAUCAAGGCAAAUGUUUUCUUAUCCGUGAAUGAAUGUGAGCGAUUUGGGGAGAAUAUUAUGUGAAACACAAUGUAAGGUCUGACUUUGAGUUUUUGGCAACUUUAUAGAUGGAGCAUGUUUACUAUAUUAUCAAAUGACAUGACUCUGCACUAGAUCUCACCAAUCAUUUAACGGCCCUGUUAUAUAUUUCUCAUAUUAAUCACUAUCUUAAUUGUGAAUGUCAUUCCCUUUACAUUAUCACUUAACACCACAGAAACCUUAAACUUUCUGAACUCCGCUGAUGAUUGCGAUAGUGGGCGGUUGAUCGAAAUUGUGUACUUUUCUUACAAGUGUAUUACUGUUUAUCUGAUUAAAUAGCCCUUUUUUCUUUUAAA